AUGUCGCACUCUUACCCGAAUCCAUACAAUGUCCAGAGGCCCGGACAGCAUUCUCCGUUACUGACCACUCCAGCAUUUCACCGACCGCGGCAGAUACCAGCCCAGCAACACAGAGCAAAUUCCUCUAUGUCCAGGAGUCAUCAGCAUAAUGCGAGUAUAACGUCAAACCCGUCGCAAGGAACUCAGGAACUGGGAAGCGAACCGGAUUUUGGGCUGGGUAACCCCCAGUACAAUCUCCCGCCGGUGUCUAGUCCUGGAUCUUUACAACCUUGGGCUGACAUAUACAAUCUUGAUGAAGACAACUCCUACCGCGAAUCCUCCUUUGACGAUUUCCUAACGACAGAAGAAUCUUCCGAAAACCCCCUAAGCGAGCAUACCACUCCCCAAGAACAAAUUUGGGAGCAACAGUUCAUAUUGCAAGACGCCGCACAGCCUCGCAUAGUUGAUCCUUACGGGUCGAAUGAUUUCGAAGCCGCGCAAGGAGCUCCCGGAAGUUCAGAUUUGCAAAGCUAUUUUCACCACACCGAAGAGACACUGCCCAAAUUCGUCUCUGGAGAAGAGCUAAUGAGUUCCAAGAAUUCCUCAAUUGGGUCGUCUCUUCCCAUUCCUCCGCGCCUGCCAACUCCCAAUCAGCAACAAAAUCAAUCAAUGGACCGCUCAGCCGCUUCCCACAAAAGAGGAGCCUCUCAAACUCUCAAAGUGGACACGACUUCGAGGCAUACCCCUUCGUCCGAUCACAAAGUAAAUGCCUGGCAGGGCACAUCAUUCAUACGGGCACCGAGCCCUGUGGUCAUGGUAUCUGACUAUGAGACCUCUGGUGGCGUGAAGUCCGAGACAUCACAGAGUCUAAUGCCUACAUCUGCCAAGCGUGGUCGUGAGAGCGAGUCUUCUGACGAUGACGACGAUGGUGAUGGUCUUGAGGGAUCAGGAACAAGGGAUGUAGACGUGUCUCCGUCUCAUCUGAUGCCUCCAGACGCCAAUGGUACAGAUAAUGUACGUUCGACUGCAACACAGCGUCACGGUCUUGAACCACAGUCGAGGAAUGACGAAACGGUACCCUCGGCCAAAGAGCUUGAAGAGCAGCGCCAACUUGAGGAAAGAAAUGCCGAGGUUCAAGAAUGGCUUGCAACAAGCGAAGCUGGCAGUGGGCCUGAAGAUGAAUCAGGAGCAAACGUGUCUCGCCGGACGCCUCAAGGGCCAAGGCGGCGGGCCCAUACCGCUGAUGGCCGAGUGGAUGCUCUCGGCCCUGUGUACUCAGACGAGCAUAUCCCUGGUCCUGGGGCUCUUGUUGAUGUGGAAACAGACGACGAGUAUUUUGACGACGACGUAUCAACACAAUCGUCGGCAAUUGAAGAGUUCACAGAGCGGGCCAUCGAGCAAUAUCGGCAAGACGGCUCACCGCGCCUUUCACCGCAUGCUCUCGAGGGUCGCACAUCGCCGGAUAAAUCUGCUUUCCCUCCGCUCGAAGAUGAAACGCCAGCAGAACUACGGGACCCGUUGCCUACCCAGUUCAUCAGGCGAGGCCCAUGGCAGGAUCCGGCUCGGGGCCCUGUUGUCAGCACAAGAGGUCAACCCAAUACAUCAAACGCAGCUGCAUACAAGUUUAACGAGGAGGCAGCAAAGUGGGAGACCGCCUCGAGGGCUGCCACGUGGGGAACACGACGUCGGCUGAGCGAGAGUGAAAUCAACUCCAUUGUUGAAGGUAGUCAAAUUCGACACCUGUCCCUUUCGAAAAGGGGGCGGGAACGAACGAGCAGCCUCUUCAACAAGGCUCGGGGCAUGUUUCCCCGGCGCAGUAGCAGUAACAUAAAAGAAGAGCCGUCGGCAGAGGACAAAGAGCCCGUCCCACGAGGUCAUACCCACCGAAGCUCUGUCGGGAGCAUCAAACCCCAGAGGAUGCCGAGUUUUGGCAAGCCUAAGUCACCUUCGUUGAAUACGGGCAGUGCCUUGCUUGCUAUGACUGGUCACCUUGCAGCUGUCGGGCGUGGAAAUUCAGUCGCCCAAGACUUUGAUGCCUCCAAGUCAACACGCCCCUUACAGACGCUGAAGAAGCAGCGCAGCAAAAGUGACGUGACCAAGAACGCAAAGUCGUCAAACCUCGGGCUGGCAGAUCUGUUGACCAAGCAUGGCGGACCACCCAUUCCGACUCUCGCAUCCCCCAUGCAUGAGCGGGAACCGAUCCUGGCCGCACAGAUUAUCGACAACGAAGACGCUCCUGCGGAUGACGACGAGGACGAAACAGACGAGGUGGCUAUUAGGAUGGAUCUUGAGAUCCGCGCCGAGGACAUUAUGCCGACGAUCGACGGAUUCAGAGAUCAUGCGCGUAAACUCAAUCCUCGGCUUGAGCCAUAUCUCAUUGAUCGCAUUGGCCAAGAGCAGAUUCGACGCUACAAAAAACUCGUUGAAACCAAGAUCAAGCACACUCGUUCUGUCCAAGUUGCCCAUAAAUGCGCCUCGGGCAAGUUUUGCUUCGAUCUGGGCGGCGACUCGAUGCCUCUAGCGCCCCGGGUCAGCUCUAAGGAUCCGGACACGACGCUGACCCAGUUUCAAAUCAGUAACCCAGCAGAUGAUGAAGCCGAUGAGUCCGGGUUCACGGACGGCAUUGUCACGCCGGCAUUGUUUCCCGUAGGGAUCCCGCUGCCACCGGUUUCACGACUUCCGGCCGAAUUUGAAUGUAAUCUCUGCUUCAAGGUGAAGAAGUUUCAUAAACCGUCCGACUGGACAAAGCACGUGCACGAAGACAUCCAGCCAUUUUCCUGUACAUUCCCCAACUGUUCCGAGUCGAAGUCGUUCAAGCGCAAAGCAGACUGGGUACGCCACGAGAAUGAGCGGCACCGGCACUUGGAGUGGUGGCAGUGUUCGAUUCAGGAGUGCAAUCACAUCUGUUACCGCAAAGACAACUUUGUCCAGCAUCUGGUAAGGGAACACAAGAUGACCGAGCCUAAGGUCAAGCGGGGUUCGGGUAGCAGCAAGAACAAGGCGAUCAACGGUGGCAUUCAAGAGGACAGUGAGGUUUGGCGCAUGGUGGACAAGUGUCGCUCCGAAACCGACAAGAAGCCCCGGGAUGAGCCCUGCCGCUUCUGUGGCAACGUCUGUUCGACAUUCAAGAAACUGUCCGUGCAUAUGGGAAAGCAUAUGGAACAGAUCGCCAUGCCAGUACUGCAGCUCGUGAACAUGAGGGAAGUCUCACCCGAUACCAUUGUCAGCCCGGUUGAUCAGCCGCCGGUGAUGGCGUCGUCGUUCGCAACCAUUCCUGGGACGCUGAACCACGUUGAUACGAGCAAUCUAUCACCAUAUCCCGCCAGUGCGACAUCAGCCUAUCAAAACUCCUCUGCAGGCCAGUCGCCGGCUUCGAUGCAUGGGCGUCCCCAAAAUGCGGGCUACCAGCUCGACCGGGGAUACUACAGCCCGCAUGCGCUUACACCAACAGGCCCAGCCCAGAUGAUGACGGGUGGUUACGGUGCCACGGGGAAGUACGCUCAUCAGUCUCCCAUCUUCAUGGGAUCAGGUCAGAUGGAUACGCAGCACCCACACAGUCUAUCGCCCCAGAACGCAAUGGUGACGCCCCGAUCUCAGCCGGUGGGCCAAGGGUACGAGAACGCAUUCUACGACGCAGCAGGGGCCAUGUAUACGCAAGCACCGAUGCAAAACAUGUAUGCGAGCGCGCACUCGCAUUCGCACUCGAUGCCGGGAUACACCAUGGGGCAAUAUGCCUCAUCGAUGCUGCCAAGUCAACCACGAGGAGGACAUGUUAGUCCAAUGGGCGUUGAGGGUCGAUCUGGGCUAGGCCUCCAGACGGCGUUGCAUGCACACACGCAGCAACAGUUCCUGUACGGGAACCCGGCAACUGGGGAAACAGGGCCGAACUUGCAUUUUGCAUGA